AUGGACAAUAAUAUCAAAUUAGAAUACCCAUUCUUUAUGACUGAUGAAGAGCUUGAGAAAGCAAUUGAAUGUCUUUUACCAUUUGCUGAAAUGAAUAAUGAUUCCUUUUUACAAUACCUUAUUUCACAAGAAACUAGUAACCCUUCUUUUUGUGAAUAUACAACGGACGACAUUUUGAAAGAAAUCAAUGCCACUAUUAAAGAAGAAUUUGGAACAGAAGAUAUCAUUAUUUACCCAAAUGAAACUACAACAAUACCUAUACUCUCUCCUUUAGAUGAUUACAACUAUAGUAACGAUAAUGACAACUUAUCUUUAACUGAAAUAACAAAGGAUCUUGAAAGUUUGCUGAAUGAGAUAAAGAUACCAGACGAUACCUAA